ACGAAAACAAAGAAAAAAGAAAAAAAUGUUUGGCAGCAAAUUUAGCAAAUAACCAAAUACGGGAAGGCAGAAUGCUUGUUAAGAAAGAAAACACCAACUUCCAAUUUCAUGAAUGCUUGCGUGAAAUUGACCAUCCCGUUUGCCUUUUCAGUUAUGCGGUCAUAGUUUUCUUUGGAUCCCCACAAUUCUUAGGAAGCAAACAGGCCCUAGUUUUGCCACCUUCAACAAUUUUUUAUCUAUUGGACUGCUCGUCUUCACACAAUGUGAGAGGGUUCCCUGUUGCAAGCCGACUAGGUGAUAACAAAGUUGCUGCCAACACCAUCGUAUUUCCACAGUUCGACAUUUUAUCAGGUGAUUCAGCUCAUUCAGAUCACUACUUCAUUCAUUCUAACAAGUCCAAAAAGGCUCAAGGCUGCUUCAACGAUUCAACAAGUGCCGUGUCGAAGAAAAUUGCAAAAGAGUGGAAAAUCCUUGAGAAAGAUCUUCCUGACUCCAUUUAUGUACGCGUUUAUGAGCAGAGAAUUGACUUGCUUCGAGCUGUGAUCAUUGGUGCUGCUGGAACUCCUUAUCAUGAUGGUCUUUUCUUCCUUGACAUUGUUCUGCCUUCUGAUUAUCCAAACCAACCUCCUAAAGUGUAUUAUCAUGCCCAUGGCCUGCGUUUAAAUCCCAAUCUAUAUUCAAACGGGACGGUUUGCUUGAGUUUGAUCCAUACUUGGACCGGUCGAGGUGUGGAGUUAUGGACUCCUGCUAAGUCCACCAUUCUUCAGCUGUUGGUCUCCGUUCAAGGACUUGUGCUUAACAGUAAGCCAUACUUCAAUGAGCCUGGACGUGAAGUUGGACUGUACAGCAAGGCUGAACGUUGGACCAAAAAAUCAAUGGCUUAUAAUGAAGAGGUUUUUAUCUCGUCUUGUAAGACAAUGCUGUACAAUUUGCGAAAGGCACCAAAGGGUUUUGAGAGUUUUGUUGUAGAACAUUUUCGAGCACGUGGAGAUUUUAUAUUGGCGGCUAUCAGGGCUUAUAUAAAUGGUGAUGCUACCGUUGGCCAAUAUCAAGAGUGCGUAUCAGCUUCAUUGUCCUCUGUUCCAGUGUCAAGCAAAUUUAAGGCAAAUUUGGAGAAGAUGCAUUUGGAUCUUAGGUCGGCCUUCCAUGGGAUUGACACUUCUCCACCAAAAAUGAAGAAAUUACCAUUGGAAGGCAGGAGAGAAGAAAAAGAAGCGACGUCAGAUGCAGUGAAGUCUCGGUCAAGUGCGAAAGAAUCCAAACAAGGAAUAUCAAGCAGAAUUUUGAAGGUCCUGAAGAAGAUUUUUGAAUGAAGACUGGUAACGUUGUUGACAUCAAAAUUCGUUUUAAUGGUGUAGAGGAGGAAGCAGACGGGAGUAGAACAGCUAUAAUUUUCUGUUUGACUAGAUAUAUUUGUUUCCAAGAUCAUGGGGCCAGAAACUGAUGAUGGUCUUAACUCAAUUCUUACAUGGCAGAAUAUAACGGUCAGAUCUAAUUGCUCUUUUGCAGAUAUGGUCGAAUGAUCAGGUGGUAUUCAGAAAUUCCUUGACAUUGCAUCGCUUUUGAUGGUCUUAAUUGGGUGGCAUUGUAGUUCCUGCUCGUGAUGUAGAGUGAAAGCCUUUCUUGAUUUCAGUCGUCAGUUUAACUAUAAUGCAUGGCAGCUUCUCAUUUUAAGCCAAUUUUAAUUUCUACCAAUCAGCUUUGAAUAGGUUUCAAAUUUGUCCGUAUUGCAAGAACUUCAACAAGUCAGAAAAUAUUCCAAGUAGUGCUGUCUCCGGGAAGAUUCCUCCUUUGAUUGACAGAGAUGUUCCUCGGCAGUCCGCCAGUUCUAGCUCUUCGGCUCUGUUUGGUUACCCUUACUCUCCACGGCAAAGAGCCUUCAUCCGUAGCAUAUACUAGUAUUUUUUUACAGUAGACCAAUUGAUGAAGAGGUGGCUUUUUGGAGAUGAGUUUUAUCCAAAGCCGAAUACUACAGUAGCCUUGUUUGGACAGUCAUUCUUCGUGAAAAAAUUACGUCGUUUUUCGUGAUCA